AUGGCCGCGAAUCUCAAUAUCCCCACGAUCCGCACAGGAAUUCGACAUACCCCCCGAUUAACUCGAUACCUCCAACCCGGCCACCGAAUUUCUGCGCCUCGAAAAUACUCGUCCGCUGCAUCUCCAUCGACAUCUCCAUUUGCCCCUCGCCAUCUCCUAUCCAUCGCGGACCUUACCCCCGCGGAGUUUACGGCGCUAGUUCGCAAUGCCGCGCAACAUAAAAAGGCCAUCAAGACCGGCUCAGUACCGCGCAACUUACUAGGCGCCCUGUCCGGGAAGACGGUAGCAAUGAUGUUUAGUAAACGAAGCACUCGAACUCGAAUUUCAACAGAAGGUGCUGUAGCACAAUUGGGCGGGCAGCCGAUGUUUCUAGGCAAGGAUGAUAUUCAGUUGGGUGUUAAUGAGUCACUCUACGAUACCGCUGUAGUGAUAUCGUCUAUGGUCUCGUGUAUCGUAGCGCGUGUGAAUAGCCAUGAUGAAGUUGCCAGUUUGGCGAAACAUUCUACAGUGCCAGUCAUCAAUGCCUUGUGUGACUCUUUCCACCCUCUCCAGAUCAUCGCCGAUUUCCUGACCAUUCACGAGACAUUUCCGGCACGCCCCACCGCAGGGCUUAGCAGUCUUGGACUGGAAGGACUGAAGAUAGCCUGGGUUGGAGACGCCAAUAACGUGUUGUUUGAUAUGGCCAUUGCUGCGGCGAAGCUGGGAGUUGAUGUCGCCGUAGCUACACCAAAAGGGUACGAGAUUCCACAACCAAUGCUUGAGAUCAUUAAGCAAGCUGGCGCAGGCAUAUCUUCGCCUGGGAAGCUGAUACAAACAAAUAUACCUGAGGAAGCAGUGAAGAAUGCCGAUGUGCUUGUAACAGACACUUGGGUAUCCAUGGGCCAGGAGGAAGAGACCGUGAAGCGAAUGAAAGCCUUUGAGGGUUUCCAAAUUACGCCAGAGCUUGCACAGCGAGGUGGAGCCAAACAGGAUUGGAAAUUCAUGCAUUGCUUGCCUCGUCACCCUGAAGAAGUAAGCGACGAGGUCUUUUAUAGUCCUCGCUCACUGGUAUUCCCUGAAGCUGAAAACCGCCUGUGGGCUGCAAUCUCGGUGCUUGAAGGGUUUGUUGUCAACAAGGGAAAAAUCGAGUAA